AUGGCACCUACCUUCCACAAGGCUGAGAUCAGUGGAGCUUGCUUCCACGAACUGGCCUGUUCCCCAGCCAGUCUUGUAGCCACCACCAACGUCCCCCUGGACCUGCAUCGAGUGACCCUGAGGAAAGCGGGCAGUGACGAUGCAUUCCGUCGGACAGCAGUGGCCACGACUCUCUGCCUGGAUGCCACAGUGGAAUUUGGGGACCUGCUACAGUCGGAAGUAACCCCGCUCUGUUCCCCGCUCCCCUUGGACUCCAAAGGACAAGGUAACCCAGCACCAAAGGUGGUUCCAGCACUCAGUUGGGAUCAGAAUCAGGCCCUGACUCUGCCUCCUCCACUUGAGGCUCAGACCGCAGGUCUAGAUCAGGCUCACCACACAUUGGAAAUCCUUGUUCCACCUCUAGGUAGUGAGAGUUCAAAGCCAGCAAAGCUUAUUGUUUCACCCCCACACCUGAGCAAGAACUAGAUCGGGUUCCACUGCUUGUCAAAGUUGUUGCUGGAACUCCAGGCCAACUGGCAAAAACACCUACCUCAGUGUCUAGAGCAGUUGCAGGAUGAUGAUUUAGAUCCCGGUAUGGGUGUCAUUUAUCCUGAGGAGAAGCUCCCUAUGUACUUCCUCAGGGGUCCAGAUAAAUUCUCUGAGCCACCUCAGGAGGCCCCAGCUAGGCCUGCACAGUCCCCUGAAGAGGUUGAACCUCCUUAAGUGCAGUCAGAAGCCCCAGUUCAGCCCAUAGAGGCCCCUGAGGAAGGGGAACCAUCGCCCACCCCUCAGGAGGCCCCAGCACAGCCUCCAGAGGAGGCCGUAGCUCAACGGUUAGUGCUCCAUCAGGGAAGUUUUCCAUCUCCCAGUCAGAAUAAAGCUCAGCUGUCAAACUGGAGUCUGGUGGUUACCUUAACUCCAAAGAUCACUAACGAGGUUGAAAUUUCUCCAACCCAGCAGGAAGCCCUGGCUCAGCCUUCACACCUGGAACUUAACGUCACUGAAGAUUCCAAAUUGGAGGCAAACUUUGACCAUUCAGGACGCCCCAACUCAACCUCCAAAGCCACAUCUAGAAACAUCGAGAUAUGUAAGCUGUGUACCUGCAAAGAUGGGACGCUGUCGUGCACAGGUCUCAGCGCAGAGCAGAAGCUCCGCAGAGUGCCUGUGCUAGAGUCCCCCACCUACAACGGCACCUUCACCAUCGUGUAAGAAUUCCCUUUCCUCAUUUGUUCUCUGCAUCCUGCCUGACAUGGCAGCCUUUUCCUCAGUGCCUUCCUGGACCUUUCUCGACUCCCCACCCAGGGGACUGACUUUAUUUUAACUUUUUCCUUGUCAACUAUUCCCUUUCUUCAUUCUCCUUCUUACUAUUAUUCCCCCUCCCCCUUCUCUAUUGUUUUACUAGUAAUAAAGCUUUUUGAAGAAAACAUAGAAUAUCUAAAACCUACAAACAAUCCAGGUGUGUAUCACCAGAGAAUGACUAUACACUUUAUGAUACAUGUGACCCUGGGAUACUGCUCAGCAAUAAGAAGGACCUAAUUACCAACAUGUAACAAUAUGAACGAGCCUGGAAACAUUCCUGGAGGAAGAAGCCACACACAAUAUA